AUGGCACCAAACCCCCCGGGCACACAAGCCCACCAGCACACUAGAAACACCGGAGUUACAAACCAGGCGAUGCACACACAUCUCCCAUCCAACCGAAACCCCGGCGACCAGUGCAACACAAAGCACAUCUCCCCAUCCAAGGCAACGUCACAAGCGGCUACGCGGCUGCACAACAUGGGGGGAAUUAUCAGAGCAGACCCACGAGGCGGAGACACCGGACCCUGCAGCCGCAAAGACGGGACCAGCAGACACAACACACAGGACUUACCACCAUUGGGCAUCGGCUGA